AUGAAUGACGAAGACUACAGCAACGUCUAUGACAGAAUCCAAAAAGAGGGGAUGUAUGAUGUUCCAGACCAGCCAGGAGAAAAUGACAAUCCCCUCUACUAUGGCAUCCGUGAAGACUUGAAGCCAGAAAACCAUUUAUAUGACACCCAGCUAGAAACCUGUGAGUAUGACUCUGUGUCAGUGUAUGUCGUUAAGGGUGAGGAGAACAGACAAGACUCUUCCCAGCCAGAAGCAGAGGGCUACCUCCAGCCUGAUGAGGUUCAGCCUGAGGCCCAGGAUCCUAAACCAGCUGAGCUCCAGGAAGACAGAGACAACUUGAUGAAAGAAUUAGAUUUAACAGCUCAGGCUCAGGAGCUUCUUUCAGAAGAGCCUUGUUCAGAGGAGCUCCACUCAGAGGAUCCCCAGGAGAAUGGAAGCAUGAUAAACGAAGACCUGCCUUCUCCUUCAAGCUUUACCAUCCAGCAGAGUAAAGCUGUUUCCACCAGGGUGGAUUCACCAACUGGCUAUUCCAUUGCUAAUGAUUUGGAAGAAAUUGAAGCAUCUUCCAUGCACCCUGAGAUUAACCUCUUUGUGAAGGCUGGAAUCGAUGGAGAAAGCAUUGGCAACUGUCCUUUCUCUCAACGCCUCUUUAUGAUCCUCUGGCUGAAAGGAGUUGUAUUCAAUGUCACCACUGUGGAUCUGAAAAGGAAGCCAGCUGACCUGCACAACUUAGCUCCUGGGACCCAUCCCCCUUUCCUAACUUUCAACGGUGAUGUGAAGACAGACGUCAAUAAGAUCGAGGAGUUCUUGGAGGAGACCUUGGCCCCUGAAAAGUACCCCAAACUGGCUGCAAAACACCGGGAAUCCAACACAGCAGGCAUUGACAUAUUUUCCAAGUUCUCUGCCUACAUCAAAAACACAAAGCAGCAAGACAAUGCUGCCCUUGAGAGAGGCCUGACCAAAGCACUGAAGAAACUGGAUGACUAUCUAAGCACCCCUUUGCCAGAGGAGGUAGAUGCCAAUACCUGUGGGGACGAUGACAAGGGGUCCCGUCGCAAGUUCCUGGAUGGAGAUGAGCUGACACUGGCUGACUGCAAUCUCUUGCCCAAGCUCCAUGUGGUCAAGAUUGUGUCCAAGAAGUACCGUAACUACAAUAUCCCAGCUGAGAUGACAGGUCUGUGGCGGUACCUCAAGAAUGCCUAUGCCCGGGAUGAGUUUACCAACACCUGUGCAGCUGACAAUGAGAUUGAAAUGGCCUAUGCAGAUGUCGCUAAGCGCCUCAGCCGAUCCUGA